AUGCUGAAACAAAAAGACAGUUCCCGACCCAUCGCGGUUGCAGGAGCCUCGGGGGGUGCCCUAGAUCGAUUCCGAGGUCUGACAGACCUCUCCAAGCUUCCUGAGAUCGACGUCAUUGUCGGUGACUGGAUGUCCGAAGCCAACAUGACCAUGCGUGGAGUUGAAGUCGCCGAGCUGAAGAAGAAGAAGGCAAAGUUGGAUGGCCAGGUCGGUACCGUGUCUGAAGUGAACGGGGAUAGCAUCUCAGAGUUGGGUUUCCUCAGCAGGAGCAGAGGAGGGUACGACCCUUAUUUCUUGGAGCAGCUCGAGCCUGCCCUCGAGAAUCUCGCGGCGAAUGGAAUCCGUCUCGCCUGCAAUUCAGGCGGCAGUAACCCCCGUGGACUGGCCGAGGCAGUGAAGAGCUUGGUCACUGCAAAGGGCCUCAAGCUCGACGUUGCGUGGGUCGACGGAGAUGAUGUUUCCGAUGUGACUUUGGACCUCUGGGCCAAGGGUGAAAGAUUCCCUGGCUUGCCUACGGGGAAAGACAUCCAAGAUUGGCCGUUUGAUCCCCUGUGUGCUCAAUGCUAUCUUGGUGGCGUCGGUGUCGCCAAAGCCUUCGAAUCCGGUGCUGCAAUCGUCAUCUGCGGCCGUAUAGCGGAUGCCUCGGCUCUGGUGGGUGCUUGUAUGUGGUGGUUCGACUGGCGAAGGGAGACCCAUAUACAAGAGCUGGCGGGCGCUUUGGUGGCUGGUCAUCUCACGGAAUGUAGCACGUACGUGACAGGUGGCUGCUAUGCAGGUUUCAAGGAGUUAGGUACCAAAGAUGUCGACUUGUCCUUCCCGAUAGCUUGGAUCGAGUCCAAUGGCGAAUUUGAGCUGGGCAUGGAACCAGGACAUGACGGCAAGGUCACUGUUGACACUGCAGUCACGCAGCUCCUGUACGAAAUCCAGGGCCCGCUAUACUUCAACUCGGAUGUGGUCGCCAACCUGGAAGGUGUCCAGAUGCAACAGAUAGGACCGAAUCGCGUUCGAGUCACUGGUUUCGAAGGUCUCCCGCCUCCGCCGACUACGAAAGUCGGGAUCACUGCGCGAGGAGGGUAUCGAGCGCAGUUCCAUUACUACCUCACCGGGCUCGACGUGGAUGAAAAAGCUGCGAUGAUCGAAAGACAGACUAGGCACAUGAUGGGGGAAAAUCUUCGCAAGUUUCAUUGUCUGUCCUUCAACCUCGCCGGUCGACCCGCAAUAAACCCUCGAAACCAAAAUGAAGCAACAGUGGACUACCGCAUCUUCGCCCAAUCAAGAGACAAGGAUGUCAUGAACAUGUUCGGGACGUGGUGCAAGUCUAACAUUCUCCAGAGCUACCCUGGAGGAACUCCACACACGGACGUGAGGACUAGCCUUCCGAAGCCCUAUUUCGAGUACUGGGUGUCCCUCCUGCCACAAGAAAAGGUUCAUCAUCAGGUUCACCUCGCUGAUGGAUCAUCAGUCACGAUUCCUCCGCCGCAAUUGACUCGGGUGUAUCCCACGCAACAAAAGUCUUACAACACUCCUCACCCGGUUCCUCUGGAUACAUUCGGGGCCACCGAGAACUGUCCCCUCGGCUACAGGGUUCUCGGUCGAUCUGGCGACAAGUCGUCCGAUGCCAAUGUUGGGUUGUUUGUCCGGCACGACGACGAGUGGGAGUGGCUGAGAUCAUUCUUGACCAUUGACAAGGUCAAGGAACUACUGGGGGAGGACUACGUCGGGAAGCCAAUCGACCGCUUUGAGAUACCAGCCCUUCGAGCGGUGCAUUUCCUGCUGCGAGACCACUUGGACCGGGGAUACAAUUCCUCUUCCGGCUUUGAUACCUUGGGGAAGAACGUCGUGGAGUACCUGCGAGCUAAAUACGUGGAUAUUCCGGUUACAUUCUUGCAGCGAGGGAGAAUCUGA